AUGUGCCGUGGUGACCAUUACACAGAAGAUCUGGAAAGCUGUACCCAAAGACCCCCAGUGUUUAAUAAAGCAGCACCUAUUCUUUAUGUUCAGAGAAAUGUGGACACUGAGCAUAGAGGGCAUGUAGUCAUUGCAAACAUCGGUGCUGAGUCAGUUGGACGACCAUAUGGAGAAGAGUUAACAACAGUCCCCAUAUUGCAUCAGAAUCCGUUUCAGCCCACAGCUACAGUUGGCCGUGCACAGUGUGAAGCUGCGGUCAGGGGUGAAGACAUCUUGAGCCAGAGGAAUGAUUCUCUAGUUCUGGAAUUUCAGUCAUCAGCCAGCAGAUGCAGGAGUGUCUAUGAACCAGAUAGGAGUGCGUUACGAAGGAAAGAACGAGAAAGAAGAAGCCAGGAAGCGCAGCAGGACAGUGGCGGCUUUAAUUCCAGUUACUCUCUCUUCAGUGAACCCUACAAGACUAACAAGGGGGAUGAACUCUCCAACCGCAUCCAGAAUACGUUAGGAAAUUACGAUGAAAUGAAAGACUUUUUAACCGACAGAUCCAACCAGAGUCAUCUUGUCGGUGUCCCCAAGCCGGGUGUUUCUCAGACUCCCGUGAACAAGGUAGAUGAACAUUUUGUGGCUGAGUCAAGAUCCCAGCCCCAGCCUUCAUCUGUCUGUAGCACUUCAUCUUCCACACCUGCAGCUGUCCCUGUGCAGCAGAGUAAGAAGGGCACCAUGAGCUGGCAGAAGACUGGGCACCCACCAUCCGAUGGCCAACAGAGAGCAGCACAACAGGGCUCUCUCAGGACCUUGCUUGGAGAUGGUGUUGGCAGACAGCAGACAAGGGCCAAGCAAGUGUGCAAUGUGGAGGCGGGGCUUCAGACCCAGGAGAGGCCACCUGCAAUGGCAGCCAAGCACAGCAGCAGUGGACACUGUGUUCAGAACUUUCCUCCAUCCUUGUCUUCAAAACCCAGCCUGGUCCAGCAGAAACCAACAGCAUACGUGCGGCCAAUGGAUGGCCAAGACCAGGCUCCUGAUGAAUCUCCUAAGCUUAAGUCAUCCACAGAAGCUGGUGUGCACUGCACAUCCUACAGAGGGGUCCCAGCCAACAAACCAGAGUCAGCCAGAUCCAAGGCCAAGCUCGCUAAGUUCAGCAUCCCCAAGCAAGCAGAGGAGAGUAGAUCUGGAGAAAGCAACAGCUGUGUAGAAGAAAUAAUCCGGGAGAUGACCUGGCUUCCUCCACUCUCUGCUAUUCAAGCUCCCGGCAAAGUGGAACCAAGCAAGUUUCCAUUCCCAAAUAAGGACUCUCAACUUGUAUCCUCUGGACACAAUAAUCCAAAGAAAGCUGAUGCGGAGCCAGAGAGUCCAGACAAUGGCACAUCGAAUACAUCGAUGCUAGAAGAUGACCUUAAGCUAAGUAGUGAUGAUGAAGAGAGUGAACAGCAGGCAGCCCAGAGAACAGCUCUCCGCGCCCUAUCUGACAGCUCCGCGGUCCAGCAGACCAACUGCAGAGGUUCCGUGCCAUCCAGCAAGGGCAGCAGCAGCGGCAGCAGCAGCAGCAGUAGCAGCUCCUCCAGCGACUCAGAAAGCAGCUCCGGAUCCGACUCAGAGACUGAGAGCAGCUCCAGCGAGAGCGAGGGCAGCAAGCCUCCACACUGCUCCAGCCCCGAGGCCGAACCUGCAUCCUCUAACAAGUGGCAGCUGGAUAAAUGGCUAAACAAAGUUAAUCCUCACAAGCCACCUAUUCUGAUCCAAAAUGAAAGUCAUGGCCCCGAAAGGAAUCAAUACUACACACCGGUGAAAGAUGAAGGGCAGGACUGCGGGAAACUUCCUGAGAUCUGCCAAGCCAGCCUGAGAGACAAGGACCUCAAGACUGCCUGCAAGGAGGAGCAGCGGCCGAGGACCGCAAACAAGGCCCCUGGCAGCAAAAGUGUAAAGCAAAAGUCCCCACCUGCCGCCGCCGCAGUGGCUGUGACCUCAGCUGCCCCGCCACCUGCUGUGCCCAGCGCACCCACGGAGAGCGCACCCGCGCCCACCCGGAGGUCAGCAGGCAAGAAGCCCACCCGGCGCACCGAGAGACUCUCAGCUGGGGACAGUGCCAACUGCCACCGGCCAGAGGAGCCUGUGGCCCAAGAUGCGCUGGGGGCGAGUGUGGUGGGACCCCCAGAGCCCCCCAAAACCAGACCCUGCGGUAACAGCAGGACAGGCCACCGCAAGGAGCUACGCUCCUCCGUGACCUGUGAGAAAAGGCGCACAAGGGGGCUCAGCAGAAUUGCUCCUAAAUCCAAGGAAUUUAUUGAGACAGAAUCCUCAUCUUCGUCUUCCUCCUCGGACUCAGACCUGGAGUCAGAGCAAGAGGAGUACGUCCUAUCCAAGACUCAGACCACCACUACAAACGAGCAGCGUCUGAAGGAGACCGCCAGUAGCAACAGCAGCACCUCCCGGGCCCCUGUGGGGUCCAUCAAUGCUAGGACCACCAGUGACAUUGCCAAGGAGCUAGAGGAACAGUUUUACACGCUGGUUCCCUUUGGCCGGAAUGAACUGCUUUCUCCACUAAAGGACAGUGAUGAGGUCAGGUCUCUCUGGGUCAAAAUUGACCUGACCCUCCUGUCCCGGAUCCCAGAACACCUGUCCCAAGAGCCUGGGGUCUUGAGCGCUCCUGCAGCCAAGGACACUGAUAGUGCCCCAGCCAGCCAUGCAUUAGACACAACUGCUGAAAAGACUUUGCCAAAAUCCAAGAGGAAACGCAAGUGUGACAAUGAAGACGACUAUAGGGAGAUAAAGAAGGCCCAAGGAGAGAAGGAGAGUGCUUCACGCCUGGCUGCCUCCACUAAUAACACCUUGUCCGGGAGCCACUGCAACAUGAACAUCAACAGCUUGGCAAUACCAAUAAACAAAAAUGAAAAAAUGCUCCGGUCACCCACUUCACCACUCUCUGACGCAUGCAAACACAAAUACUCCAGCGAGGACCUAACUUCUUCCAGCCGCCCUCAUGGCAAUGGGGUAUUGACUUCUGCCUCUUCCAACAAAAAGCCGAAGGCUGACAGCCAGCUGCAGUCACACGCUGGAGACCUCACGAAAGCAGCUCACAACAGUUCUGAAAAUGGCAUCCUCCAUACCAAGUCACGGCCACAGACUGAGCCAUGGUCUCCAGGUUCCAGUGGCCACAGGGACUGCAAGAGACAGAAACUGAUCUUCGAUGACAUGCCUCGUAGUGCAGAUUAUUUUAUGCAAGAAGCUAAACGGAUGAAGCAUAAAGCAGACGCGAUGGUGGAGAAGUUUGGGAAAGCCUUGAACUAUGCCGAAGCAGCCUUGUCCUUCAUCGAGUGUGGAAAUGCAAUGGAGCAAGGCCCAAUGGAAUCCAAGUCUCCAUACACCAUGUACUCAGAGACGGUGGAGCUCAUCAGGUACGCUAUGAGACUAAAAACCCACUCAGGCCCCAACGCCACACCAGAGGACAAACAGCUAGCUGCUCUUUGUUACCGAUGCCUGGCUCUCCUGUACUGGCGGAUGUUUCGACUGAAAAGGGACCACGCCGUAAAGUAUUCGAAAGCACUUAUCGACUAUUUCAAGAAUUCAUCGAAAGCUGCCCAAGCCCCAUCCCCAUGGGGGUCCAGUGGCAAGAGCACUGGAAGCCCAUCCCCCAUGUCUCCCAACCCUUCUCCCACCAGCUCCGUGGGGUCUCAGGGCAGCCUCUCCAGCUCCAGUGCCCUGUCCCCGUCAACCAUCGUCAGCAUCCCCCAGCGUAUUCACCAGAUGGCAGCCAAUCACGUCAGCAUCACCAACAGCAUCCUCCACAGCUAUGACUACUGGGAGAUGGCUGACAACCUGGCCAAGGAAAACAGAGAGUUCUUCAAUGACCUGGAUUUGCUCAUGGGACCUGUCACUUUGCACAGCAGCAUGGAACACCUGGUCCAGUACUCCCAGCAAGGUCUGCACUGGCUUCGGAGCAGCGCACACCUGUCCUAG